CUCGUGAAAGGCUAGGAAAACUAACAAUUCAAGCACAUAUUUAAACGUGUUGCCUUUCACUUACUAAUAGUAUAACUACCAGAGAAACAACCACCAGGAUUCGACGGAGACCAUGAUACUAUACUUGGAGAACAUUUUUCAAUCUAUUACAAUUAGAUUUUAACCACAGCGUUAAAAUAUUAAGAAAAUUGACUUUGGGAUUGAGAUACUCUUGUAUUCUCUCUGAAAUAUUAUGUAAUUGAUUGAAUAUCGUAUAUGAAUCACAGGACUGGAGGCUCCAAUCCUCCGCAAGAGCAAUUAGUUACCAGCUAUUGCAUUAGACAACAAAUCAUCUAAAACUGCAGCAGCAACAGAACCUUCAUCAUCCCGCUGAUGGAUGCAUAUGCUAAACAAUAAUGAUAGCUGAAAUGAUGCAGGUUGACGCAACAGCCCUAACGAGAUAAUAAACAUCAAAGAAGGGAACACACGAGAAGGAUAACCUCUUGUUUUCGGAUUAUCGCCCCGGGAUUAUCCUACGUUAUCUCAAGUACAAAUACUAAUCAAACUUACCUGGGCAACUUCUAUUAACACCAGGAUUGGUACGAUUUGUGUUAUUUAUUUUAUCAGAUAUCAACAAGAGCAUUGUGUAAUAUAUCAGAAAGCUAUUGUGCCCACUAAACAGUGUCACAAGAGGACAAAAUUAACAAGAGCGAAAGGCAUAACAUUAUUGUUGGCACGAGGAGGAUUUUGUGAGAUAUGAGCACAACGUAAUACGUGUACUAAGUUCAUAUCAAUGACAAAACCGAACACAGGUCUACUGUAAAUACUAUAAUAUAUAUUAAAGAUCAACAUGAUGAAUCAAAUCACCCAGGAAGGAGUGCUGACCGAACAAGACAUAAGAGAAUACCGAGAAGCCUUCCAGUUGUUUGAUAAGGAUGGAAACGAUAGUAUCAGUGCUUCUGAACUUGGAGUGGUUAUGCGCGCCCUCUAUCAGAACCCAACGGAGAAUGAACUGCAGAACAUGCUCAAUCAAGUCGAUAAAGACGGUAAUGGUACCAUAGAAUUCAGCGAGUUUCUAAAUCUCAUGGUGGAACAUCGGAAAGACGGGGAUGCUCUACGGGAAGACCUCCGCGAAGCAUUCCGAGUAUUUGACAAAGACGGUAACGGACUCAUAUCUCCGGAUGAACUUAAGCACGUGAUGACAAACAUUGGAGAGAAGAUGUCGCAAGAGGAAGUAAAUGAAAUGAUGCAGGAGGUUGAUUUAAACGGAGAUGGAUAUGUGGACUUUGAAGAGUUUGUCAGAGUCAUGACAUGUCCUGAUCUAGAUGAACGAAGAAAAAUACCGGAGAAAAGUGAAGAUACGUAGGACAACAGGUUUAUUCGAAGGAAAAAUAAAUAUGGAAUUAACAGAUACAACAUAUUUUCAUCGGUGACAAUUUCAUCCUCGUGCAGUGCCCAUGUAACAUUACUCAGUCGUAGGACAUUGCAAAAUGUUGAUAAAAAGAUGGCGGUGCAGUUCACCUGUUAUAAUAUAUACAUAUGGGCUGCAAUAUCAUCAUUAUAUCGCUGUGCAUCGUAUGGCAUAAACUGCUGAUGUUCAAGAUCUAGCAACCCAACAACGCACUGAACUAAAUGCCACUGAGACUGCCACCUUCAGAUAAAGAAGUGACGUUUCUACAGGACCACACCAC